AUGAGUUCUACUGUCGGAAGAUUUGUAGACAAUUGUGUAAUAUGCCGAACAUCCAAAGGAAGAUCUGAUGCUAUACAAGCCCAAUUACACCUAGUACAAAAACCAAUGGAUGCUUUUCAAGUUAUUCAUAUGGAUAUAACUGAAAAGCUAGGCAGUCCAGAUAAUCAGCAGUACGUCAUAGUCACCAUUGACGCUUUGUCAAAGUACGUUCUGCUCUACUUCUCCAGCAACAAGAACGCAUUUAGUACAUUAGCUGCUCUAAAACGCACUGUACAUCUAUUCUAUACACCAACUUAA